AUGUUUAUAAAAAAUUUCUUUAAAAAGCAAUCAAGAUUUGAGAGAAAACUAUUAGAAUCUUCAAUAUUUGAUAAUCAGGAAACUGUAGAUCUGGAAGAUGUGAAAUAAAUGUUACAAGGUAUUUUUAAUUAAAUGAUAAUAGGAUUCCCUUGUAUAUCUGAAAUCGAUUAAUUAGUUCAGAGUAUGACUAUUGUUUAAGUCUGUCGAGAAUUCUUAAGACUUGUUCCAUAAACAUUAGACAAUCAUAAAAAGCUGAAAGUUCUACUUACUAUGCAUGUACUAAUGGGUGAUGUCAAACAUGGUAGAUUAUUUGUAUAGUAAUUAAAUUACUUUAAUGGAUGGGCAUCAUCAACUAAAGAUGAUAUUUUAAAUAAAUUCAUAGGCAUACAAACUAUGAUAAUACAUAAACUAGCUAGCAUAUAAGAAAUAUGCACCAGAAGCAAACUUAAAACUAGCAUCGAAGCUUUCUUUAAAGAUAUAGAUACAUCUGUUAUUCAAUUCUACAAGGCUAUUAACUGUUUAAAUUUUAUUCUAGCAUAAUAUGAUGUAUAAGUUCUUCUUAUUUUCAGUUAUUUCUUAGUGUUUCAAAGUUACACAAUAGAACAGUAAUUAUGGAGAUUUACUUACUAAUUUGGAAUGAUCUAAUAGCCAUGUAUUUAAUGCUUGAAAGGUACGGUUUAUGAAUUCUCUUUUUAAGUAUUGCAGGUUCAUA